UCCUGCUCGUGUGUAGUUUUGUAUGUGAAGCUUUCUCAGAAGAUGACAGGUCAUACAAUAUGUGUCAAAACUGUGAUCACAACAACUACUGCAACUGCUCUUCGAUGAAUUUAAAGAAUAUUCCGCUUGUGUCUGAAAAGGCAUUCACAUUUGACCUGUCCUACAACAGCAUUUCACAGAUUAAUGACACAGAUUUCAUCACAUACAGAGAGCUGAAAAGACUUCUGUUGCAAUCAAAUCAAAUCCAAUCUAUCAGUGAUCAUGCUUUCCAGCUCAACACAGAAGUGGAGUACCUUGACUUGUCUGAAAAUCUUUUAACCAAAGUAACAUCGAAUUGGUUUAAGCAGUUUCACAAACUGCAAUACCUUAACCUUUCAGGGAAUAGGUACACAACUCUGGGAUCAGGGAGAAUUUUCUCAAAUCUCUCAAGACUCCGUUGGUUAGAAUUUGGCAAUCCUUUCCUAUCACAUUUAAAGGAAGAUGACUUUGUAGGAAUUACACAUCUAGAUGAGUUUGUUUUGACAGCAAAUAAUUUGGAUUCAUAUCAGCAAGGAACUUUCAGUUCUUUCAGAAAUAUAAGCCACGCUGCAUUGAGUUUACUUAACAUAUUUCUGACUAAGACAGGCCAAGCUCGGCAGAUUCUUAUAGAUUUGUCAGGAUGCACCACCCACUUAGAGCUAAGAGAUUUAAUGUUUCCUGAUGAAGGUGACGGUCAGUUAUUUUCUGUUCCAGGCAAUUCGUCAUUCACAAAAUUCACCUUCCAAAAUACUUUUCUUACUGAUGACACUGUACUUAAUUUUAUAAAUUGCAUGAAAAACACAAAACUAUCAGAGAUAGUAGUGAAAGAUUGUGUGCUUUCAGGAACUGGGAAAUGGCCGAAGAUAGACAAUAUAAAAAACAACUCACUUCAUUCAUUAACAUUAAAUAAUAUAUCCAUUAAACACUUUUAUGGAUUUUAUGAUCUUUCAGGCAUUAGUCCAAUACUUGAACCCAUUAAAACAGCUAUAUUGACAAAACUAAAUAUGUUUCUGAUGCCCUGUCAUGUAUCCAAGAACUUAAAGAAUGUGGAGUAUCUUGAUUUAACAUACAAUUUGUUGAGUGAUAGAAUAAUGCAAGAAAUGGUUUGUUCUGGAGCUUGGCCGUCGUUACGUUACCUUAUUCUGAGAAAGAAUAUAUUAAGAUCCCUCAGUAUAACAAGUCCAAAACUAUCAACACUUUCUACUCUUACCCAUUUAGAUUUGAGCCAAAAUAGCUUCAGUGAAAACAGUGCAUCAUGUAAGUGGUCUAAAAAUCUGCAAUUUCUAAAUCUUUCAAGCUGUAAAAUAAAAAGUAUAUCACAAUGUCUCCCCCCAAAUGUUGAGGUAUUGGAUUUAAGUAACAAUGACAUCAGCAGUUUUAUGGUUAGUCUGUCUGCUCUCAAGACUUUAAAUGUGUCCAAUAAUAAGUUUAAAAGUUUACCAGCUGAUAGCUAUUUACCAAAGAUGCAGAUUCUGAAGAUCAGCAACAAUAAACUCACCUCGCUCACAGGUGAAGAAAUCAUCACAUUUAAGAAGCUUGAAUUUUUGGAGGCUGGAAAAAAUAAUUACAUUUGUUCAUGUGAAUUCCUCCUUUACAUGAAUCAUUACAUAACAGUACAACUGCUGGACCAACCAGAAAACUAUGUUUGUGAUUCACCUCUAACUCACAGGGGACAGUUGGUGCAAAAUACUAAGCGCUCCUUCUUUGAUUGUCACAUGACAUGGUCCAUAGUCUUAGUAUGUGUGAGUGUGUCUUUGGCAGCAACAAUCGCUGGGACAGCAUGCCACAGGUAUCAUGGGAUCUGGUACCUCCAAAUGACCUGGGCAUGGCUACAAGCAAAGAGGAAACCAAAAAAAGUGAGGAACAAUGAUAUCUGUUAUGAUGCAUUUGUUUCUUACAGUGACAUGGACUCAGACUGGGUGGAAAACUCCUUGGUGAGGGAGUUAGAAAGUGUUCACCCACCACUGACACUCUGCCUUCAUAAACGUGAUUUCAUUCCGGGGAAGUGGAUCAUUGACAACAUAAUUGAAUCCAUUGAAAAAAGCAGGAAAACAUUAUUUGUUAUAUCUCAACAUUUUGUCCAGAGUGAGUGGUGCAAGUAUGAGCUUGACUAUACUCACUUCCGUCUAUUUGAUGAAAACAAUGAUGCAGCCAUACUUGUUUUGCUGGAGCCAAUCCCAAAGGAGACCAUUCCUCAGAGAUUCUGCAAGCUUCGGAAAUUGAUGAAUACAAAGACUUAUUUGGAAUGGCCUCAGGAUGAAGAGGAACAGCAAAUUUUCUGGUUUAAUUUAAAAGUUGCAUUAAAAGAUGAGAAUGCAACUGUUUCUUGUAAAUAUUCUGUUUCAUUAAAGCAAAUCUAA